AUGUCAACGAAAUCUUACGCAGAAAGGGCCAAGGCACACAAUUCGCCAGUUGCUAGAAAGCUUCUGGCAUUGAUGCACGAGAAGAAAACCAAUCUCUGCGCUUCCCUUGAUGUGCGGACGUCUAGAAAGCUUCUGGAGCUAGCAGACACGCUGGGACCGCACAUUUGUCUGCUGAAGACACAUGUCGACAUACUGACGGACUUCGACAUCGAGACGACAGUCAAGCCGCUGCAGCAGCUUGCGGCUAAGCACAACUUCAUGAUCUUCGAGGACCGCAAGUUCGCUGACAUUGGCAACACGGUUAAGCUGCAGUACUCCUCCGGCGUGUACCGUAUCGCGGAGUGGGCGGAUAUUACCAAUGCACACGGCGUCACCGGCCCCGGUGUGAUAGCCGGGCUGAAGGAGGCUGCGAAACUGGCCUCACAGGAACCCAGGGGGUUGCUGAUGCUGGCAGAGCUCUCUUCUCAGGGCUCUUUGGCGCGCGGAGACUAUACCGCGGGCGUCGUUGAAAUGGCAAAGCUGGACAAAGACUUUGUGAUCGGGUUCAUCGCGCAGCGUGACAUGGGUGGGCGUGCAGACGGCUUUGACUGGCUCAUCAUGACCCCGGGGGUUGGCCUGGACGACAAAGGAGACGGCCUGGGCCAGCAGUACCGCACGGUGGAUGAGGUCGUCAGCGACGGUACCGAUGUGAUCAUUGUUGGCAGAGGGCUCUUUGACAAGGGAAGAGACCCCAACGUCGAGGGUGCCCGCUACCGCAAGGCCGGUUGGGAGGCUUACUUGCGCCGUAUUGGCGAGACUUCGUAG